AUGUCGAAAGAAGUUAAUGACUUGAAACUGUUAUUUAUAGGUUGGCUCGAAGAAGCAGCGAUAGAAGCAACAAAAAAAGGAACUAAAGCGGCCUUACUUUAUAAUAAGGCUUUAGAUAGAGUGCGACACCAUGAAGGGCCCAUUAAUGAUCCCAAAACUUUGAAACUGAUACAAUAUGUUGGGGAAAAGACGGUUUUAUCUUUAACAAACCGUCUUCGAAAGUAUUGUCUUGAAAAUGGAGUGAGAUAUCCUGAAGCAUUUGACCCAGCUACCUUGUCUGUCAAAGAUAAAAGAACAGCGCAGAUAACGAAAGGGAAUGAUAAUAAGCGACCACGAAAACAGAAGCCUUACGUUCCUAGGCAACGUUCUGGAGGAUAUGCUAUUUUGAUUGCUUUAUACUUGAGAGAUAAAGGGCUUCGUGGAUUGAGCAAGGAUGAAAUAAUCAAAGUUGCAACACCAUAUUGUGAUAGGUCAUUUAAGUCGAACCCUUCUAAUAGCGAUUUCUACUCAGCAUGGGAUUCCAUAAAAAUUCUUAUAAAGCAUGAUCUAGUCGGAUGCAUGGGGAGGUCCCCUAAAUUAUACGUCAUGACUGAAGAGGGCUUAGAGCUCGCAUCUAAACUCAAGGAAGCGGAGGGGAUCAAUUCAUCUCCACCUAGAAGCAGUGCCACAGAUAUCUCUUUUGAUAACGAGAUAAGAGUUAGUCCAUUUAUUCCCACGAGAACGGUUUUGUCAGACUUCUCAAAAUUAGGGUCUGAAAGUAAAGAACAGGUUCCUAUCUUUGAGGAUUAUAACCCUAGUGCUACAUUUCUAUUUGACAGCAACUUUGCUUCUUCACCUCUAAAAAAUCGUUCAAGUAUGUCAAAUGAUAAUAUUCAACGGCAGGAGUCGAAAACUAUUCAGGCUUUGAAUGAUUCGAAGCACCAUGAUAUUGCUAAUAAACUGUUUCAAGGCAUACAAUAUGACAUAUGGUUGGAAUCAGAGUUCGAAAUUAUCUUAUUGAUAGAUAACAGAGAAAUUAGAAGCCAACAGGAGCGUGACUUCUUUAGACAAAGGUUAGAGAGCUUGGGUAUUCAAUGCGAAGUUAGAUCUUUAUCCGUAGGAGAUUCCUUGUGGAUAGCAAGACGUAAAAAAACAAAACGAGAGGUGGUAUUGAACUAUAUUUGUGAACGGAAAAAAUUAGAUGAUUUGGCAUUCUCGAUCAAAGAUGGCCGUUUUCAAGAGCAAAAAAAUAGAUUAAAAAAGACAGGUAUGAAGUACUUCUAUUACAUCAUUGAAGAAGUUGGCAUAGAAAAAGUCGCUCAUAUGAAAGAUGCAAUCAGAACAUCAAUGUCUAUGACAAUGACAACGUCUAAUUUUAACUUGAAACGGUCCAAGUCGAUUGAAGAAACUGUUAGCUUACUUGCUACCUUAACUAACGUGAUCAAACUAGCUUUUAAGAGACGUAACACUAAUUUAAUUGUUCUAAGACCGCGGAUUAUGAAUACUCAAGCAGAAUACGCUCUGCUUCUUUUAAAAUUUAGAGAAGAAUUUGAGAGCAGAUCCACGCCAUAUGAAUGUGUUCACUUAUAUUCCACUUUUCAAGAUUCUUUGGCCAAAAAUGGUAUGAUGACGGUAAGAGAGAUGUUUGUUUCUAUGCUUAUGGCCAUAAAAGGCGUCUCUUUGGAAAGAGCAGUAACAGUUCAGUCUUAUUUUAAAACUCCUAAAGGAUUAUUAGAUUUUUAUCAUACUGAACAUCGUUGUACAAGUGACAAGGAGAAAAGGGAACUUCUACUGGAGCUCUUCAAAAAUCAGGUUGGUAACAAGAAAAUAGGCAAAGUGGUUCUGGAGAGAAUCUUUGAAACUUGGGGUACUCCUUCAAGUUAA